UGAGUCUUCAAGAUCAUAAAAUAAGUUUUGUGUUAAAGUUCAACAUAAAACUAUCGUUCUAUUCUGUUUGUGAUAAUGAUUUGAAGUCACAAGCUAGUUUGGCUAUAUUUGAAUCACCUUUCCAUUCAAUCAUUUUGAUAGAUGAAUCAACAGUUCGGUUUUGGGUUUUGUUUAGCUUGUGUCAACCUUCGUCUGUGAUGUGUACAAACCCGGACCAAAUACAGGUAGUAGGCGUUCUUUCCAUUGGUUGGUAAAUGAUUCCGAAAUUCUACGACUUUCGACGCUUUGAACCCUUUGGCAUUUGGGUCGUGUGACACUCGUACGCCUGCUGCGAUUUCGCGAUCGGUUUUGUUUGUUUUUCGACGCAUUUGCGUGAGUCAUAUUCGCGGCGGUGAACACCUCAAAGACAGUGUGCACUGUUGCUGCAACAGAAUAAGAGCAAGGGAGGGAGAAAGACAUCAACAUACAUACGUCGGACACAACAGAAGCGCUAACCUUCAACAAUGACGAGCGGAAUUUCGGCAAUUUUCUGGCGAUUCUUCCACUGGGGUCCGCUGACGGCGAUAAGCAUCAUCAAAUCGAUCACCUUCAUGACCCUGUACCUGAACGCCAUGUGGUGGCCACCGAACCGCACCUUCGGAGGGUUCCUUAACCAAACCGUCUUCCUGAUGCUGUCCGCCAGCACCGGGUUCAACUUUGUGAUGGCCUCGCUGACGGGGCCCAAGUUCCUGCCGCUGCGGUGGCGCCCGAAGAAUCCCGAAGAUGAACAGUUCCUACAGUACUGCGGCACCUGCGAGGGCUUCAAAGCGCCUCGAUCGCAUCACUGUCGGAAAUGCGAUCGCUGUGUGAUCAAGAUGGAUCAUCACUGUCCGUGGAUCAACCACUGCGUCGGAUGGGGCAACCACGCGUACUUUACGUGCUUCCUGGCGUUUGCCGUGGCCGGAUGUAUUCACGCCACGGUGAUCCUGUGCGGAGCGCUGUACGCCGGAUUGCACCGGGAUUGGUACGUGUACUACGGGCAGUACUCGAAGGCAACGGUGUACUUGAGUCUAUGGAGUUUAGUCCUAGGGGUGUUCAACGUGGGAUUGGCGAUUGGUGUGAUCAUCGCAGUUGGGAUGCUGUUGUUCUUCCAAGUGCGGGCCAUCGUGAACAAUCGUACCGGGAUCGAGGACUGGAUUCUGGAGAAGGCGAGACAUCUACGGGAGGGUACGGAAGAUAACUUCCAGUAUCCGUAUGAUUUGGGCAAGUGGAAGAACAUUCAGCAGGUGGCAAGCUGGACAUGCGCUCCGGUAGGCAACGGGAUCGAGUGGGCCGUUGCGGACGGAUGCGACCAGUUUACGUUGACGCGCGAGCAACUCCUACAGAAAUCAGCGAAAAGAGCACGGACACGAACCUACACUAUUCUCAAACCAGUCUCAGGAAGUUGGGUGCCAUUGUGGUCUCAGGGAUGUCGCGUAUGUCUUAGUCCUCCCUUGACGGAUGAAGCUCGUAUCAAGCUGGACGUCGGAGAUAAAGUACGAGUUACAAGAUGGCGGAAACAUUGGCUCUUCGGAGAGAAGAUAUUCGAAGAGGUAGAAGACCAGCCCAGAAACGGCACCAAGAAAGACAAAAAGAGAAAACAACAACAACAGCAGUCUGAACCGCUACCGGAAGCGCACAAACUACAUCCCCGGAUACGGGGAUGGUUCCCGCGGCAGUGUGCCGUCGAACUAGUCGAAGAUGAAGAUGAAGCCGAGCAGCAGCAGCACUUCAACGAGAAGAAGAAGCACAAGUAGGAUGUGGCCAAUCGAAGAUGAGCCAUGCUUUUGACAAAGUUUUUGAUGUCAUUUGACUACUACUAGGCUUCGGUUUGAUGGAAGAUUUACGUAAAAGUAUUUUCUGUGUAGAAACGAAAAGCGAAGCUCUUGCCUACUGCUAUUCCUUUUUUUAUACAAUAACGAGAAUAAAUGUGUAGCUAUUUGUCUAAAAUGAA